UUGUAACUUUGCGCUUUACCUUUUGGUUGUUAUUAUAUUUUUCCUCCUCCUCAUUAUUAUUAUAGAGAGACACUGAGGCCUGCUUCACAUGUGGUAGAUUAAGGUUUAGUUCUUAUUCAGUAGAAUAGAAAACACCGAUCAAUUGAGUUAUUUAUCGUCAUGAGGACCCGAAAUGCUGAUUCCUCUUCCAAAUCCACAACCCCGAAGAAGGCACCGCCGGCGAGAAAAACCGCCGCAAAAUCCGCCGGAGAAUCCCCUGCAGCAAAGCGCAAUUCCACCGUCAAAACAAGGCAGAUCAAGAAGAAGGAGGCCUCUCCCGCUUCCAACUCGAUUCCCGAUUCCAAUCCCGAUGAGCCGAAUUCAGAUGAGGUUGUUACCACUACACCGUGUUCAAAGAGGAAGCCAGGGAGACCAAGAACUAAAGCAGUUGCCACACCUAAGCUGGAGGAAGAACUGAAGGCAGUGGCUGAUGAAACUCUAGUUGUGGAUAACUCUGGGGAUGUGGAGGAAGCGGAAAAGCCUCAAAAUGUUGAAGUUGUCGAUGCUGAUAAUAUCGAUCACGAGAAAGAGGGGCACCUGGAACAAGUUGUUGAAUGUGUUGGACAAUCUGAAGAGAAGGAACAAAAGUCUAUGGAAGUGGAUGAAACUGUGAAGGGAAACAAUGCAGUGGAGGCUGAAGCGACUGCUUCUCAGGAUGCCACUAUGUCUUCCAAACAACCUGAGCGAACUCUUGUGGACCUAAAUAUAUCGGUGAAUGAAGAUGAUUCUAUGUGUCAAAAGGAGGGAGAGAAAGAAGAUGAAGAGUUGAAUGAAAGGGACGGUCGGGAAGAGUUGAAGGAUCAGGAACAAGAGAAAGGAGAUGUAGAGUUGAAAGAACAAGAGGGAGAGAAAGGAGGGGAGGAGCUGAAGGAACAGGAGGCAGUGAAUGUAAAGGAAGAACUGAAAGAAGAGGACGGAGAUAAAGGAAAGGAAGAAGUCAAAGAUGACGAAGGAGAAACAGCAAAGGAAGAAACAAAGGAAGAGGAAACAAACAUUACUGGACACAAAGAAUGCUCUAAUACUGAUAGUGCAGUAAUGAAAGACCAGUCGAAGGAAGAUUUUAAUACUAGAAAAGUUGGUGAUGAAGUGACAGAGAGCAGUGAAAGGCUGGAUUUUGAAGAACAUGGUGGGGAGGAUAUUGAGGAAGAUCCAGAGGAAGGUCCAUGGGAACCUCCUGAAGAAAAUGAGGCGCUCCAAGAGGAGCAUACGGAAUUGGAGGCCAUUGCAAACCAGCGAAAGAGUAACAAAGAACAUGAGAUAUUUGUUGGAGGGCUUGACCGUGAUGCUACAGAGGAAGAUCUGAGAAAAGUUUUUAAGAGGAUUGGGGAGGUAGUUGAUGUCAGGUUGCAUAAGAAUUCAUCAACAAAUAAAAAUAAGGGCUAUGCAUUUGUGAGGUUUGCUAAUAAGGAACAUGCUAAGAGAGCAUUGUCAGAAAUGAAGAACCCAGUUAUACGUGGUAAAAGAUGUGGGACUGCACCCAGCGAGGAUAACAACACAUUAUUCUUGGGAAAUAUUUGCAAUACGUGGACGAAAGAAGCUAUUAAACAGAAGUUGAAGGAUUAUGGUAUUGAUGGGGUUGAAAACAUUACGCUUGUGCUAGAUGCUAAAUGUGAAGGAUUGAGCCGUGGCUUUGCAUUCCUUGAGUUUUCUAGUCAUGGUGAUGCAAUGCUUGCGUACAAGAGGCUUCAAAAGCCUGACGCGAUCUUUGGGCAUCCUGAGAGAAGUGCCAAGGUAGCCUUUGCUGAGCCUAUGCGUGAACCAGACCCAGAGAUAAUGGCACAGGUUAAAUCUGUGUUUAUUAAUGGUCUUCCUCCUCACUGGGAAGAAGAUCACAUCAGGGAGAUGCUUAAAUCUUAUGGUGAAAUUGUAAGAAUUGUACUAGCAAGGAAUAUAUCUACAGCCAAGAGGAAGGAUUAUGGAUUUGUUGAUUUCUCAACACAUGAAGCUGCUGUUGCAUGUGUUGAAGCUGUAAAUAAGUCUGAAUUGGGUGAUGGGGCAUCAAAGAUAAAAGUGAGAGCUAGGCUAUCAAAUCCGGUGCCUAAAACACAAGCUGUAAAAGGUGGCAUUUGUGGUGGGUUCCGAAUAGGUCAUGGAAGGAGUGGAGCCUUUGCAAGAUCUGGAAGGGGUUAUGGGCGGGGAAGGCAGCCCUUCAACAGCUGGGGAAAUAUUAACAGGGGUAGGGGUGUCUAUCAUGGUGGACCCAGGCAAAUAGGGAGAAUGGAUUUCCGGGAUGACCUUGACUUUAAUAUGUAUCCAGAUUACCAUCAUAGGCAAUUUGGUCCUGAAGGAGCUAUGAGGGGUGGACAUUACCCAAGUAACAGAGGUGCUGCAUUUGCUGGUCCUGGUCCACCUAGACCUUAUCAUGAUAGAGCAUGGGGUAACAUCCCUGCAGAAGGCCCGAGUGAGCCUUUUCCUUUAAGGAGGCCAUAUUCCCCAGGCGGACAGUUCAACAGGCCAUUUUCACCGGGUGGACAGUUCAACAGGCCAUUUAUGGGAAGGCAUUUUGAUGAUCCGUAUUUUUAUGAUGACAAUGUGCAUGGGAUGAAACGCCCAUUUUAUAUGACUGACCCUGAACCUGAUUAUAUGGGAGCUAAUAGACUUCGCCCACGAUUGGAUUAUGCAGAUCCAUCUUUAUUUCACGAAAACCGUCACAAUGAUUCUUAUGGAGCUGGCAGCAGACAGUACCCUCCUGAUUGUUAUGGUUCUGAUUAUGGUAGAGGGCCAUAUUCGUCUUUUUAUGGAGGUGAUAGCUCACACGGGCAUGGAUACUACUAUUAGUAUGGAGAACCAUUGGUGGAUCUUGAUUGUGAGAUGGACAUCUUCAACUCUGAGGAUGCAGCUUGAGCAUACAAUUUUGAAGUUGCAUAUUUAUUUAAUUCUGCUUUUAUUAAUUGGUUCCCUUUAUAUCUAUCUAUAUAUCUGUAUAUAUAUCGUUACCUGAUAGGUGGCAUAGACUAAGUGAUUUAACGUGUCUGGGGUAGGUUAAAUCUCAAAUCUUGGAAUAAGGAUUGGUAUGGUUGUGUGGACUGGACUAGAUAUCCAUAGUUUACAAAGGUAUGAUGACAUUGAGGAUGCAUUUGAGGAUUCCUUGUUGAGUGACCAACAUAUUAUGAUUCAUCAAGUUGAUUGUAACGCAAAAUAUUCCUUAUAGGAGUAUGGGAUACAAAAUAUUUCAGGUGAUGGAUUUAUCAUUUUAUAAAUGGUUAGAUGGCUUUGAUAUUUGGAUAUGCUUAUGGGAGGCUCUUGUGAUCCUAGUAAAGGUUGUAGAGUGUUAAAUUUCCUUUCUCAAUUUCAUGAUAAGGUGCCAUAUUAUUAAAUCUAGAUUGACCCCUACCUUUGGAUUUCUUUUGAUCGAGUGGGAUCUGUCAAACUAUAAGUUGAUAUACACAGUAAGCAGCCUUUAGAUGGAAAUGCCAUUUAUUGAAAUAUGUGCAAGAUUAGACUAUGGACUAUGCAUUAACAGCUUGACCUUCAUUUGAAUGAUGAUAUUCAUGGAUGAUAUUAUGGAGAAAACAGUUUAUUUGUUUGGUUCCUUAUAAUAUUAAAGUCAUUGCUAAUUUGAGUGUCCUUGAGGGGUUGUCUUCAAGCUUUUGAAUUUUUUUUCCUUGGUCUGUAGAAUUGACACCGGAUGAAAAUAAAUCGUCGCUGAUUCAGUAAAGGUUAUUGAGGUUGCUUCUUUCUGGAGUUUUAUAGAAUCUCUUUUUUGUAGUGGAUAAGUGGUAAGUGGUGAAAGGAGAACACUAUCUGAACUAGUAUGGACCCUUCUUUGAUCAGAGAGAAUUUAAUGAUUUGGCUGUAAAAUCCUCAAUGGAUUGCGUAGUAUCAUUAGUUCAUUGGUAGGAUUUAAUUAAAAGUGCAAUGGUAAACCAGAGCUCCCGAAGGUGUAAUAUGUUAUAGCACCUUAAAAUUUUCAUUAGGUGCGGAUACGAUAGCAUCUUGAUCUUUUUAUAGAUUUUGUCCUUUUGAAAGGUUGGGAGGAGAGGAUGGGUUUUUUUUUUGGUGACUUGGAGGAGAGGAUGGGUUUAGGGUUUAGGGUUUAGAAUUUAGGAUUUUUUUUGGGCCUUUUGUGGAAUAUAUUAGGCUAUAUACAUUAGUGAUGGUAGUAGUCAACUUUGUUUUAUUAUUGUAUUUUAACCUACGUGUGUAUAUUUUGAAUUCCUUGGUGUCAAAUUGAUGACUUCUGCAUUCUUCACUGCUGUGUUUUCUUCGCUUUCCCUGGGAUUCCUUUGCAUACAGGAAAAUGGGUUUGUCUCAUCACCUUAUGCAUUGAUGGUAUAGGGUAUUAAUAAAAUUUUCUGUUUUAUAUAUUUGUUUAUUAU